AGCCCCGCGCCGCCCCGCGGGCAGUGGCCGUGGCCGUGCGGAGCCGAGCGCUGCGCGAUGCCCGCGCUGUGGCUGGUGCCCUUGGGGCAGAAGCUGCUGCUGUGGGGCGCGCUGGGCGCCGCCUCGCUGGCGGGCGCCACCCUAGUGGUGAGGCUCCUGCAGAUGCUGGCGAGCUACGCGCAGAAAUGGCAGCAGAUGAGGGCCGUCCCCACGUUACCCGGCGCCUACCCGCUGGUGGGACACUCGCUGUUGAUGAAGCCCGACGGGAGAGAAUUUUUUCAGCAGGUCAUUCUUUACAGCGAAGAAUCCCGACACCUGCCACUCCUGAAACUCUGGCUUGGGCCCAUACCAAUAGUGGCCAUUUAUAGUGCUGAAAAUGUAGAGGUAAUUUUAACUAGUUCAAGGCAAAUCGACAAAUCCUAUGUAUACAAGUUCCUAGAACCAUGGCUUGGCCUAGGACUUCUUACAAGUACUGGAAACAAAUGGCGAUCUAGGAGAAAAAUGUUAACACCCACUUUCCAUUUUACGAUUCUGGAAGAUUUCUUAGAUGUCAUGAAUGAACACGCAAAUAUAUUGGUUAAUAAGCUUGAAAAACAUGUUAACCAAGAAGCAUUUAACUGCUUUUUUUACAUCACUCUUUGUGCAUUAGAUAUAAUUUGUGAAACAGCUAUGGGGAAGAAUAUUGGGGCUCAAAAUAAUGAGGAUUCUGAGUAUGUUCGUGCCAUCUACAGAAUGAGUGAUACGAUACAUCGAAGAAUGAAGAUGCCCUGGCUCUGGCUUGACUUUUUGUUUCUUAUGUUUAAAGAAGGCCGGGAACACAAAAGGAACCUAGAGAUCCUACAUAAUUUUACCAAUAAUGUCAUCACUGAACGGGCCAGUGAACUGAAGAGAGACGAAGAACAUGGAAGUGCUGACAAGGACUGCUCCCCCUCCAAAAAUAAACGCAGAGCUUUUCUUGACUUGCUUUUAAAUGUGACUGAUGAUGAAGGGAACAAGCUACGUCAUGAAGAUGUUCGAGAAGAAGUUGACACCUUCAUGUUUGAGGGCCAUGAUACGACAGCAGCGGCGAUAAACUGGUCCUUAUAUCUCUUGGGUUCUUACCCAGAAGUCCAGAAACAAGUGGACAGUGAACUGGAGGACGUGUUUGGGAAGUCUGAUCGUCCUGCUACCUUAGAAGACCUGAAGAAACUCAAAUACCUGGAGUGUGUCAUUAAGGAGAGCCUUCGCCUUUUUCCUUCAGUUCCCUUAUUUGCCCGUAAUCUUAACGAAGAUUGUGUAGUUGCGGGUUACAAGGUUGUGAAAGGCUCCCAAGCGAUCAUCAUUCCCUACGCACUUCAUAGAGAUCCAAGAUAUUUCCCAAAUCCCGAGGAGUUCCAGCCAGAGCGGUUCUUUCCUGAAAAUUUGCAAGGACGCCACCCAUAUGCAUACAUUCCCUUUUCUGCUGGACCCAGAAACUGUAUAGGUCAAAGGUUUGCCAUAAUGGAAGAAAAGACUGUUCUUUCCUGUGUCCUGAGGCAUUUUUGGGUAGAAUCCAACCAGAAAAGAGAAGAACUUGGUCUGGCAGGAGAGUUGAUUCUUCGUCCAACUAAUGGCAUCUGGAUCAAGUUGAAGAGGAGAAAUGCAGAUGAAUCUUAACCAUAUAAUUGGGCUGUGCCUUUGUCAUGUAGAAGGUCUUUCUUGAAGGAAACUAGAUUUACAAUUUCUAGAUCUGAGUUCAAUACUCCUAAUCCCUAGACCUAUUUCUUUCCUGUCCCUGCUAACCUUGUGGUCAAGUCCUCCAAAGAGUUUUAUAUUUUCAUUGCCACAUGGAUCUUACCCUUGGGCUUGAUCCCAAAAGUAGAGUCAACUGAAGAUGGCACCCAAAUAAACGUAAGACAAGUUUUUCAAUAGAGAGAUCCACAGACCAAGUCAAUUUCAAUUGUGAGACCCAAAGGAUAUAAUUUAAGUGAAGUUCCAGAAUUUUUUAAAGGUAUUCUUAUUUACUGGGAAAUAUAUAUGCAUACAUAUAUAUAUAUGCAUGUAUACAUAUGCAUUUAAUUUGAAAAGGGUAAGUACUUAGACAUGAGAAGCUUAAGUUUUUAGAUUAUAUUUGGGCAUCAAUUAUGAGAAUAAUUAUUACAGUACUUUUUGCAUUUUAUCACCUAGAGUAGAUAAUUUGUAAGCUGACUCAUAGGUUCUGUUCCUAUUUCCCUUUGGCUAGGUAGUUAUAGCUAUGAUUCCAUUAUGCAUAGUAUCACAACUAUCCAUGUAUACCAUAUACAGUUGGGAAAGAUUCCUCUUGGUAAUAUCCAAUCCCCUGCAGUGACUCAGGGUUGAGUAAUGGCUUUUGGAGCUGGAAGGACCUUAUUGUUUAUCUAAUUUUACUCUUUUUUAUUAGAAAAAGGGAAUGAAAAAAAGAAAAGAAAAGAGGAAUGAGAUAGAUGAGAAGUUAAGUUUCUGCCGAGAGUCAUACUACUAGUGGGUGACAGGGCUUGAAUUAGAGGUCUGUACUCUACACCUUUCCAUUCUCAAUGUGAUAGACUUCACUGUGUGUGCUUUUACUUUAUGGAACUCAGGUCUGUAACUAGAUGUGUCAUUAGAACACAGAUUUUCUGCCUCUGAUUUUGGAUAUAUUUCUUUUAGAAUUCUUCCAUUAUUAAAGGAAAUGAAAAGCUGUUCAUCUA